AAGCUAAAUUCCAUUCUAUCCACUUGUUCUAUGUCUACAUUUGAAACCAAUGGACCUGCUACAUGUGACAACAAGAGGAAUUGAAGUUUCGUUCAGCGAUGGACUGACAUGAUCCACUUUUUACUCUCAAUAGCACGCCUGUCUUCCGUUGAGGUUCUUCCACUUCCAUCAUGUUGCUUCAUGUUCUGCUCCUCCUUCAUGCAUCAGCUGGAGCUUCUUCCUCCAUCUCGUGUUAUGAUGAUCAGGGGAAACCUGUAGACUGGUUUUACUUGUACAAACUCCCACAUCCUCCUCAUGAGCCUGUGCAGGAGGGGCUGAAGUAUCUUUUCAUGGAUGGAGAGAGUGAAGGAUGGAUGGAUGGGAAGACUUUAGUUAAUGACAGUCAAAGUGCUGUUGGUCAAACAGUAGGGCCACUAUAUGAGGGUGGUGAUGUUGGAUACAUUUUAUAUAAUGACCAGCCACCGCAACAACAGAAGCUUUCUGGAGAUGCAACCAGGUCUUGUGGCCACACCAAAGGGGUUGUUGUCUUUGAUAAACAACAAGGCUUCUGGUUGGUCCACAGUACGCCUCAUUUCCCCCCUCCUAAAUCACAGGGACAGUUUUCAUACCCCGCUUCUGGCAUAAGUAAUGGACAGAACUUUAUCUGUGUCACAUAUCCUUUCGAGCGCUUUCAGACCAUAGGUGAGCAGUUGAAAAUCAAUCAGCCUCACAUAUACGACUGCAGCAUCCCUGCUUCAUUGGCCGCUGCUGUACCUGCUAUGGCUCAGCUCUGUAAACACACACUGGGCAGAUGGGACAACACUUCCUCCUCGCCAUCCAAUCGCAGUAUCUCACUCCUCUCACUGGCUGGAUCAGAGUUCAUUAGCUUUGCAAAAGGCGCAUCAUUUGCCAAUGACCUGUAUCACUCCUGGGUUGCACCUACGCUUCAGUCUGACCUGCUGGUUCAGUUCUGGCGACGCUCCACGGGAAUCCUGCACUCUGACUGCUCUCCAAGCUGGAAAGUCCUCAACAUAGAUCUCAUUUCCCCGGGCCAGAGCAUCACGUUCAAGGCUACAGAGGACCACUCGAAGUGGGUCGUCAGUGUCGGUGGCAGCAGCGCUGGAAGUGGGACGUCUGGCGGCUGGGUCUGUGUAGGAGAUAUCAACCGCGACAAGGCGGAGGAGAAGAGAGGCGGGGGUACGGUGUGCCGCCAGGAUGCUGCGGUGUGGAAGGCCUAUCGCUCGGCCGCCCUGCAGUGUGAGUCCUGCGGUGGAGAAGUGCAGACGUGCGACAAAUCCGCACAGUAUCGCUGAUGAAGUGGGACACAGCAGAAAGAAUAACAAAAUCAGGGUCUUGCAGAAGGACUGUGUAGGUUUCAAACAGUUAUGAUUAUUAGGUCAAAUGCUUUUUCAUAAAUAUAUGUAGCAAUUUUAGGGGAAUAAUAUGUGAGGUAAUUAAAAUUUAUUUAAUUUAACUGUACAUUUAUGAUUGAUAUCAUAAAAUUAAUUUUCAUGUAUAACUUCAGGAAAACAGGCUAUAAAUUUAUUUGAUUUUAAUAUGGUACAGCCUUGUUUUUAAAUCUGUAUAUAUAUUUUUUUUUUUUCUUUUGCUAUGAUUACAUAAUUUUUUUUAUUUUAACAAAUAAAGGGUGUUAGAAGGUGAAGUGUGUAAUUUGUGCUGCAUUAUUAUGCACAUUACCUUGAACCUCAAGAAGCCAGAAGUGCAUUAUGGGAAUUAGGUUGAGAUGUGUAUGGUAGAGAUGUUUUUAAUCCCUCAGCUUUUGUUGCUGUAUUACACUGAGGAAAUUAAAUCACUUCAUGUGUCUGUAA